AUCAGAAUUUUAAUUUUUGAAGCAUCAGUAUUUUAAAAAACUUCAAAUACUGUCCAACCUAUUAAGUUUAAAUCUUGAAUUUGCCAUCACCUCCUGUAAUAUAUAGAUUUCUCUCUCUCUUUAAAAACAAGAAUAGCCCACUGCUUUCUCCCAUGCACUGGUCUUGUUCACCUCCAACACUCCUUCCUUGGUGUUUUUUUAAUUUCUUCUUCAUGGCCUCCUUAUCUCUCUGUCCAUAACUUGUCUCUUUCUCUCUUCUUCUCUUCUUUUUAAACUCCCCUCUCUCCCACACUAAAUAACUCAACUCAUUUUCAAGAUUCUAUCUGACAACUCACUUAAUAAACUCUCUCUCAUUUUUCUUCUCUGGCCCUUUUGUUCUUUCUUGAGUUUUGAUUUAAUUUCUUAGUUUCAUAUUACUGACAAAUAUAUAUAUAUAUAUAUAAUGUCAAGCAGAAGAUCACGUUCCAGAAUAAGUGAUGAUCAGAUUGCUGAUCUUGUUUCCAAGUUGCAACAACUUAUUCCUGAAAUUCGCAAUAGGCGUUCUGAUAAGGUUUCAGCUUCAAAAGUUCUGCAAGAGACUUGCAACUAUAUAAGGAAUUUACACAGAGAAGUGGAUGGAUUAAGUGAGAGAUUAUCACAACUUUUGGAAUCAACUGAUAGUGAUAGUGCUCAAGCUGCCAUUAUUAGAAGCUUACUUAUGUAGCUAUUAAUUAAAUAGCUAUAUUUCUACUUCAUUAAAAUUUCUAUUAUUAUUAAGAUAUGGAGCAGCUAUAUUAUUAAUUAGGGUUUUUUGGCCACUAUAGGUCAAAAAUCAAUUUCUAUUUUUGUUUUCAAUUUUGAAUAGUUUUUACUUUUAUCAUGUUGUAUUGUUGAAUCCAUUUUGUUUUAAGUGCUGAUGCUUCUUUGAUUUCAGCCUUUUUUAAGUAUAUAACUAUUCGAGGUAUUUUUAUCGUCCGA